UCGAGGGCAAUCCAGUAGUUGUGUCCGCACGCACAUGUUCAACCUCUACUGCAUAUUCCGGAGUCUGUAAAUCCUGCAAUAUACAAAAUAAUAAUUUUGUAAUAAAUUCAACGAAGCCAAACGAAGCAUAAUAGCAAUGGGUAAGCCAGGAUUUUCACCAGGUGGUGGCGGUGGAUUUAGGGGAGGUCGUGGAGGAGGAGGAGGUCGUGGAGGUUUCCGUGGAGGUAGAGGUGGUGGUGGAGACCGCAAUAGCGGGGGAGGAUUUCGGGGAGGUCGAGGUGGUGGAGGUGGUGGAGGCAGAGGAACUCCCAGAGGGCGUGGAGGUGGUCGAGGUGGUGGACGCGGAGGACGAGGUGGUGGAGGUGGUUUUAAAGGUGGAAAAACAGUUGUUAUCGAGCCCCAUCGCCACGAGGGAGUGUUUAUCGCCAGAGGCAAGGAGGACGCACUUGUCACACGUAAUUUAGUACCUGGUUCAGAGGUCUAUGGCGAGAAGAGGAUCAGUAUUGAUGGAGAUAAUGGGGAGAAAAUUGAGUACAGAGUUUGGAAUCCAUUCAGAUCCAAACUGGCUGCUGCUAUUCUGGGAGGUGUUGAUCAGAUUUACAUGCCACCUGGGAGCAAAGUGCUUUAUCUUGGAGCUGCCUCUGGGACGACCGUAUCACAUGUUGCUGAUGUUGUUGGACCGGAAGGUCUUGUGUAUGCUGUGGAGUUCUCCCACAGAUCUGGAAGAGAUCUCAUAAACGUUGCGAAGAAGCGUACGAACAUUAUUCCCAUUAUUGAAGAUGCCAGACAUCCACACAAGUACAGAAUGCUUGUGGGUAUGGUUGAUACGGUAUUUGCAGAUGUGGCACAACCAGAUCAAGCUAGAAUAGUCUCCCUCAACUCCCAAUAUUUCCUCAAAAAUGGCGGGCAUUUCGUCAUAUCCAUUAAGGCAAGCUGUAUAGACUCGACUGCACAACCUGAAGCUGUAUUCGCGGCAGAAGUGAAAAAAUUGGUCGCUGAUAAAUUAAAACCACAAGAGCAAAUAACUCUCGAGCCAUAUGAGAGAGAUCACGCUGUUGUCGUUGGUGUCUUUAGGCCACCAGCGAAGAAUUCUUCCUAAUUAAGUGUAUAGUUUUAUAUUCCUUUAAAAUUAAUAAAACAAUAUUUUUUCAUAUGGCCUAACGAUUGAAGAAUUAUCACAAACAAUGUGGAUCUUUAUAUACAAUUUAUAAACUGUGGUAACAAAAUUUGUAAGACAUUCAUCGAGAAAUAUGACUUGAUACUAGCUUCUGUAGCUCACAUUUUUUCUCAUGAAUCUUCAUGAAUGAUUAUAUUUCCUUCCUUAUAGAACACAAAAUAUUUUUCAUUAUUAGUCAUGAUGGUUGUAUUCCUCAGGUGAACUUGAAUAAUUGGAAUAUUAUUCAAGUGCCAAAUCUAGAUGUGAGCAAUAUAAAUUCAUAUUCAGAGAUUUGAUGAAUGUAUGCUUUACAUAUUUUUCAAUAAUUAAAGACCAAAUCUUUACAGAAAA